AUGGUCGAGGAUUUAUUUAUGGACGACAUGCGUUUGCGCAACAAGGAAGUUCUGCGAAAUGUUUCCUUCGAAUCAUAUGAGCAACUCCCAACCAGGGUCGGCAACUCUUCUCUUCAAGUCAAUUACAAGGGCGUUGGUAAUGAUGAGAGUCAACCACUGCUGGCACAAUACCUAGUCGGGUGCGACGGCGCGCACUCCCGAGUCCGCAAGGCCAUCCCUGGUGUCGAAGCCGUUGGUGUUUCUCAGCCUGCCAUUUGGGGCGUGCUCGAUGGUGAGCUCAUUACAGACUUUCCGGACAUUUGGUCCAAGACUCUUGUCUAUUCAGAAGUGCACGGGUCCAUCUUGAUUGUACCACGCGAACGCAACAUGACCCGACUCUACAUCGAACUCAAGUCAUGCCAAUCACCGACAGCGCUUGCCGACCUUGCUCGAGGCGAUGAUCUCGGCCAAUCAUUCGUCAUGGAACAAGCUCGCAAAAUCAUGGCACCAUUCAACAUCGACUGGAGUUGUAUCGAGUGGUUUGGACGCUACCAAGUUGGACAGCGUUUAGCAAGUCGCUUCAGUGACGAGUCAGCAUCUGUCUUCCUCGCAGGUGACGCCAGCCAUACCCAUUCGCCCAAAUCAGCACAAGGCAUGAACACGGCAAUGCAUGAUUCGUGGAAUCUUGCAUGGAAGCUCAACCUCGCGGCCCGUGGCUUCGCACGCCCGGAACUCAUGGCUAGCUACGAAGAAGAACGCCGCAAGGUGGCUCUCGACCUCGUCAACUUUGACUAUGAGCACGCCAACCAGAUUGCCAAUGGUGAUGCUGUUGCUCUGGCCAAAAACUUUUUGUUCAAUGUCCGCUUCAUUUCCGGAAUCGGUGCCGAGUACGGUCCCAGCAUACUCACACAGCCCUAUGCCAGCCACGAAGAGGCAGCGUUUCCUUGCCCCGAAGCCGCGCGUCCUGGGAGCAUUCUUCCACCAGCCAAGGUCACUCGUUACAUUGACGCCAACCCGGUAGAUAUCCAGCUCGACAUUCCCAUGAUGGGCCAAUUCCGCAUAUAUCUCUUCGCUUGGGACGUGUUCCAAUCUGCCACCUUUCUCGAAUCAUUCUGCAACUCCGUCUCUUCUCGCACCUCAUUUGUAAACGCAUUGUCUGCUGCGGCGACAGCGUCGUACGCACGCCAACCGAGACCAUCAGUCCCAGAAGACGUAUAUACUCGCCCGGAGCGUUACGUUAAAGCCAGCGAGCUUUUCACAUUCGCUCUUAUCACAUCGAUGCCCAAGUCAGAGUUUGAGAUUUCCGACCUCCCUCCGCUGCUGCAAGAAAACCGCUGGACGCUGUACCUGGACAACGUGCCCGCGCAGGAUACCCGCGGCGCACGCUGUACAGACAAGUGGCUCGGGCGGCUGGCACCAGGCGAAGUUGCCAUCAUUAAUGUCCGACCAGACGGCUACGUUGGCUCCAUUGGCCGUUGGGACGCUGGACUCGACGAAUCUGGUGCCAAUGCCGCCAAGUGGCUCGACGAUUAUUAUGGCGGAUUUCUCAAGCUACCAGAUGAGCCCUCUAAGUAG